AUGAAUUUAUCUCUAUACGCUGUUAAUGCGUUUCUGAUUUUGGACAGUACGGGCAAACGAAUCUUCGCCAAAUACUACAGUCCUCCUCACAGCAAGGAAGGAGAAGGCUCUAUAUUUCAGUCAGUCAAAGAAGAAAAGACGUUCGAGAAGGGAUUAUUUGAAAAAACAUGGAAAACACAGAAUGAUAUUUUAAGUUAUGAUGGCAAGCUUGUCGUAAUGCUGACUGUGAUGGACGUGGCAUUUUACAUUGUAGGUGGAAUGGAAGAAAACGAGAUUAUGCUAUACGAAUGUUUACGGUCUAUUCGUGAUGCUUUAGAACUUAUUUACAAAUAUAUCCCUGAUAAGAGAACGAUCCUUGACAAUUAUGACCAACUCGUGAUCGUUGUCGACGAAACAAUUGAUGAUGGUAUUAUUUUAGAAUCCGAGCCUUCUAUUAUUGCUUCCCGUGUCACCAAGGGCCCUGUUUCUGAGGCACAAGCCAUUGUUUCUGACUUUAAAGAGAUGGGAUUUAUGAGUGGAUUGCAGAAAGCUCGCGACAAGUUUGCCGAGACCAUUUUGAAGGGUUCAUUUUAA